UCGUACUCCAAAGUCAAAACCCGACCGACCCAACUCGUUCUAUCUUUCUUACCUUACCUCCAUAGUUGGCCAGUUCUAACGAGUUCCGCAAUAUAGUUCCUGAUCUCUCCUCCGCAGAAGGUAACUCUGCAUAGCUGCACUGUUAUUGAUAAACGCUGCCGUAUCACAGAUGGCUGACGAAGAGCUUCUGCAAAAGCUGGAGGACUUAACGAAAGACGCGGUGCACCACCAGCUUCAAACUCUCUGCUCAAUCCUUGAACACCAAGCUGGUGUAAGUUAUCUUCGGCCCUUCCUCGCAGGCCAUCAUGAAUCAAUUGACGCCGCAAAUUUUCACCGCCGAGUGCCGUUGUCUUGCUACGAUGAUUACGCUGAUCACAUCAAUCGAAUGGCUAAUGGCGAACUCGAUCAUAGUGAGCCAGUCUUCUCCGUUGACCCACUCCUCUGUUUCUUCUACAGCUCUGGAACUAGUACAAUGAACCCCAAAUUGAUACCAUACUUUGAUUCGGCUCUAUCAAGGGCUGCUUCCUACAUAGCACACCAAGGCAGCAGUGCAAUUUUUCGUAGGCUGUUUCCACCGAAGCCUGAAGUGAAUAAGAUCCUAUGGUUUUUAUAUGUUGAUGUUACUACAACUACAAGAGGCGGUUUCAAGGUUAUGGCUGCAUCUACAUACCCUUUCUCAAAAACCAGUGAAGUGAAUUGGUCUCAAGUUCUUCCCUGCAUUAGUCCUCCUGAAGUCCUUUUGGGUACUGACAUUGAGAACCAAAUGUAUUGCCACCUUCUUUGUGCACUUAGAAAUUCUGAUUUAAUUGAUGGGAUUCGUGCUCCUUAUGCUAUAGGCAUAGUUAAAGCAUUUAGUCUGCUAGAGUCCAAAUGGAAGCAACUAUGUGAUGAUCUUGAAAAUGGGUUCUUGAGCACGCAGGUUACGAAUCCUGCAAUGAGAGAAUCCGUUUCUAAUAUUCUUGAUGGGCCUCAACCUGAUUUGUCGAAGAGAUUUCGAUCGAUUUUUGAGGAAAAGAAUUGGAAUGGGAUUGUGUCUAAACUGUGGUGUAAUGUUCGUUAUGUUAAGUGUGUUAUAACUGGAAGCAUGAAGCAGUAUUAUCCCAAACUCAAGUACUAUGCAGGAGAGAUAAUGAUUUUAGGUGGAGAUUACUUCGCAUCAGAAUGUCCUGUGGGUAUUAAUUUAGAUAUUAGGCAACCUCCAGAGGCAACUCGAUUCGUUAUGCUUCCAACUGCUGCAUAUUUUGAGUUUCUUCCAUUUGAUAUGAAUGAGCAGAGUGUUGUCAGCGAAAAAGCUAUGACUUUUUCAGAUGUUGAUGUAGGGAAGACAUAUGAGGUAGUUGUGACUACUUAUAGAGGAUUAUAUCGUUAUCGGUUGGGCGAUAUUGUGAGAGUUGUUGGUUUUCAUAAUUCAUCCCCAGAAGUGGAGUUUGUAAUGAGAGCUCCAAAAACUGCAGAUGAAAUAAUAACAGAGAGGGAUUUGAUUUCUGCUAUGGAAAGUUUGAUAUCAGUAGAGAUUAUCGAGUUUGCAAGUUUCUUGGACUUGGAAACAAGUCCAAAGCAAUUGAAGGUUUUUAUAGAACUUAGAGAGGAGAAAUUGCAAGAAUCAAUUGAAGCUUUGAAGAAAUGUUGUUAUUCUCUCGAGGAUGGUUUGGGAGGCAUAUACAAGGUGGAGAGGGAUAAGGGUAAGAUAGGCCCUCUUUCGGUAUACAUUGUGAAGCCUGGUAGCUUUAAUGAGAUAUUACUAGUUGCAGUGGAGAAUGGAGCACCAGCUAGUCAGUAUAAACCACCAAAGAUUAUAAGAAACCGCAAAAUUGUUGAUGUUAUGGAAUCGUCUGUUCUUGUGGCAGUAAGUGCAGACUCGUCUUGUGGAUUAUAGCUCAACUAAUUUGACUAGAGAAAUUGUUGUGAUGGGAAGAUGAUAACACAAUACAUAUUAACACUGAACAUAUACAAUCCAUAUAUUCUCAUGUAUAAGCACACUCCAUAAGAUAUGUGAGGACGAGCAAUUCCAUGAUAAAUAAAAUAAGUGGUGAAAGAAAAGAACGGUUUUUUCUAACGAGAAUCCGUCGUUUUUCUCUUCGUCUAGAAUCGAACUCAUCGUUUCUCAAACGACAAUGAAUCCGCCGUUUUCCGAAGCUUUUCCUCUAUCUGAAAACCUUUCCUUCCCGCCACUCGGUCUUCCAGCGCCCAGCCGAUUUGCAUAAUCUCCAUCUCAUUUAAUCGAUCUAUCAAGCCCGAUUGAAUGUAUUUUAGCGCAGCCAACUGGCAAUCAUGUCCGCUGGAUUCUCUCGUGACUGUUUCUCAUCUUAUUUUGAUUUUCAAUGGUUUUGAUAAGCAACUAUGCAGCUAUUUUUUUUCAAAGUUGGGAGUUCGUUGGUUAUUGAUAAUUUCAGCUCUUAUAGCUUUAUUUCCAUUCUGCUCAUUAU